AUGGAUGUGAUUACGCUUACGUAUAUUUGCAUAGCAGUACAAUUGAUACCAUUACUGCUUACCAUACUGCUAGGAAUAUGGUUGUUCCGUAUACUACGAUCAGAAACCGUCGAUGAGAUUAUUCACACUUCAUCGCUUUUGGCUUCUGCGCAAACUUCACUCACAUACGCUGAGAUUCCGUUUCCAUUGCUUGCUGUGAUAGCACACCCAUACGGAACCAAUAUGACCGAGUUUCAAAAACUAUGGAUCAGAGAGAAGGAAAAGCGUUGCAGAAAAGUUCUUGAGGUCUACAAGAAGGACUGUUUAACAACAGGCUUCAUCCAAAAAUUCAGUUCAAAGUACCUUCUUCAUGGCUACGUCGGCAGCGAAGCUAUACUCAGCAGCUGCAUACAAUCGGAAUCACAACGUUCUCCUUUGAGAUCCGAUCGACGAGUCCUUCAAAGCGGCGACAAACCUGGGUCUAGCCGUUGUGACAAGUCACUGUCGGCAAAAUCUCCAUCCGAUCGGCAGCGGUCUAGUUCUACGCGUCGUCGAGGAAAAAGUGGAAAGGACAAAAGUAGAAAGAAAUCAAAAGAAGCAAAAGAUGCAGAUGGCGACAUUUCGGACGACAGAAAGAUGGCCAGCAAAGAGCGUGAAGAUAAGCGAAAAUUUAGCUCUGACAGAAUUAACAAGCAUCGCAAGAAGAAUGAUGGUAAAGAUGGUAGCAGGGAUGAUGUUGAUAACGAUCCACAGAAACAAUCUAACCCUGGCAAUGAUGGAAAAAAAUUCAUUACUCAUAAUAGCAUUCUGUUAACAAGGUUAAAAUCGACUAUCAGUCACAAAUCAAUCACAUAA